AGGUUGUUGAACUUAACAUUAAUGAGUUACACUUCAAGAUAAAUGUGGUUUCUAGAGAGUACCAGCAUACAUGUAAAUCAACUGGCUUGAUGCUAUGGGAAUCGGCCCGGUUUAUGGCUUCUGUGCUUUCUGAAAAUCCGAGGAUAGUUUCGGGGAAAAGGGUUCUCGAAUUGGGAUGCGGAUGUGCAGGGAUCUGCUCUAUGGUGGCUGCUUCAAAAUCUGCUCAACUUGUGGUUGCCACUGAUGGAGACUCAAAAGCUCUUGACUUGUUGAACCAGAAUAUCAACUUGAAUCUCAAACCCUCACUUUUUGCAAAACUGAUCACAAUGAAGCUCGAAUGGGGGAACAAAGAUGAUAUUGACUCCAUCCGAAGAAUGAACGACAAGGGCUUUGACAUAAUAUUAGGCACUGAUGUUGCGUAUGUUCUGGAAGCGAUAUUACCAUUGUUUGAAACUGCAAGGGAGCUGAUUUGUCAUAGAAGAGUAGAUGAUGGUGGUGGUGGUGCUAUUAAAGAUGAGGAGCCAGCGGGUUUGAUUCUCUGCCAUGUUCCGCGCCGAGUUGAUGAACUGUCCAUACUUUCAGCAGCAUCUCGAUACGGUUUCAAGUUGGUGGACAGGUGGCCUCACACAGAAACCACAGUCAUUACAUCUCCAGACAUUAUCAACAAGUGGUUCUCUCAUGGGCAUUGUGCAAACUCCCUUCCAACCACAAACUUGAGCAUUUUGUAUUUCUAUAGUAGAGUAUAAUUUCAAAGAUAUUUUAACAAUAAAAGGAAAAGAAUGUAGGAUGUUGUUCUUAUUCUUGUUUUUGAAUUUUGCCAUGAUUGAGUUUGAUUUUUCUUUUUUACAUUCAAUUUCCUUAUACUAGGAUCAUUUUUGUUAAUAACUUGGGAAUUCAAAUGACCUAUGAGUGAAGUAAAGCUAUUAGGUUACUAUACAAC